GGAACUGACGUCGGACUCGCGGCUACAUGGAUACAGUGCAGCAGCAGCAGCGGGAGCAGGAGGAGCAGGAGCAGGAAAAUGGCCUCAGCGAUCGGUAGGAAUUUGAACUGAUUCUGGUGAAGAAAAUAUUCCAUAUACCAAUACUGGACUUUCCAUCUUGUAUCCAUGGAACCAGCUAGCUGACACCAUGGCCCAGAUAUCCAGUGGCAAUGGUUUCAAGCCAGACAUGUCGUCUUCCUUGGGAGCAGGGCAGUCCAAGGGGAUUGUGGGUAAGGAGGAGGCCCUCCGCAUGGAAGCAGAGGCACUGGCCAAGCUGCAGAAGGAGAAGAGGCACACACUCCCUGCCUCAUCCUCAGCUGCUAAACCCCUGAGCAGCGAGACCCAGAGGGCUUCCUCCACUGGCAGGUUGGAGAAAGACCUCAUCGUUUUCCCAGAGGCAGACGCCAAGAAGAGGGCGGAGAAUGACAAAUUCCGGGACAUUGAUGUUGACAAGCUGACUACGGAGGAGCUUGAGAAACUGCUUUUGGAUGACAGUUUUGGGGCAAACAGUAAAGCAGCAAGGCCUUCCUCUUUACUAGGGUGCAAUCUUAGUGCCUCCUUCCCUGGCAGUCAGCCUUUUAACACUGCUCCAUUUCACUGUGGACCAUGGACCCCUAGCUUGGGUUCCCACACUGGGUCUGCUUUGUCCACUCCCACCCAUCAACAGGCCCCGGUGUUCUCCUCAACCCCCUUCUCCAAGCCCCCUGGCUCCUUCCAGAAUGGUCUCACCACUGGAAUGCCGCUCUUUAGGGCAUCAGAGCCACUCUUCCUUGGUCUGCAGGCACAGCCCCGCUUUGUGGCCUUUCCCCCUUUGCAGCCCCCUGCCCCCAUUAUCUUUCAGCAGCCAGCGGUCACUCCGGAAAUGGCCAAGCUCUUUGACAAGAUUGCCAGCACCUCUGAGUACUUGAAGAAUGGGAAGUCUGCCAGCGCCGACCUGGAGUCCGCCAGCACCAAGUCCAUAGCGCCCAAGCACCCAGCUGCGGAGGCCCCCAGCAUCAGCCGAUUUGAGUGGCUCGACCUGGACCCACUGAGCAAGCGCAAAGCAGACUGUGACGAGACCCCUGUCGCUGCAUUGGGCAGAGUGACAGCUGAGGUGGUGCCGGCAGGGGACCCCUGGGAUGCGGUGCUACUGGACGAUAGUGAUAGAGGAGCUGCAAGCAGCCCUCCCACUCAGGGGCGGAGCCAGCUGUCAGCCAGGAGGGCCUCUGCAGGUACUGCUGUAACCAGGAGCCACUCCGUCAACAUCCCUGCUGCUUCAGUACAGCCAGGCCCAAGCAAACAGAACAAAAAGGGAAGUGAGAAAAUGCUGGAGAAAUGCAAUGCCCUGCUGUGUCUGGAGGCCCAGAAUGAGGAGGUGCUCGCCUUCUGUGAAGACAUAGCAGCGCUGAGGUCCAAAUUCCCACAUGAUGACUUGGUCACCAAUCCUGGAUACGUGCUGAGCCCAGUCAUCCCACAAAGGGACAUGAAUGGGGACAGCAGCAUUGGGGUGAAGGUCUCCAUUGAGAUCUCCGACUCACAGGAGCCUGUCACCUUCACUUGUGAUGUGAGCUCUCCUGUAGAGCUGCUCAUCAUGCAAGCCCUGUGCUGGGCCCAUGACGACUUGAACCAGGUGGACAUUGGCAGCUAUCUCCUCAAAAUCUGCGGCCAGGAAGCAGUCCUGCAAAACAAGCACAGCUUGGGGAGCCACGAGUAUGUUCAGAACUGCCGCAAGUGGGAGACUGAGAUCAAACUCCAGCUGCUGUCCCAAAGCACCAUCCGCAAGGACCUGGCACGUACAGUGGAGGAUGAUACUUCCUCCAUUGCUUUGGAGAAGUACCUGCAUCUAGUGGAGAGGCCUUUCAAGGAAACCGUAACCAGGCAGUGCCUUAUUGACUAUCUUGAAGGUUUUCACAAUCAAGUCAACAUCUGUUUGGAGAAUGAGGGCACCCAGUACAAGACCAUUGAAAAUGUCAUCCAGAUUGUGAAGAACAUCUGCUGCGUUCUGGAUGAGGUGGAGACCAUGGCCAUCACGGAAGCAGUGAAGAAGGUCAAGCGCUCAGUAAACCUUCCCAGAAGCAAGGUCUAUGAGGCUGGUACAAAAUCCUCAGAAAAUUCAGCAAAUGGUCACACCAACCCAGUGGAGGAGAGCCUAGCUGGUCUCAACACUGCCGUGUAUGACCUUGUCAAGCUGUACCUGCGCUCCUUCUGCCCGACUUCAUUACGACAGGCUGAGACCCCGCCUACUGAGAGACGUGGCAGCAAAGAGGCCUCAGGAACAACAGACCAUCUGCAGUUCACACUGUUUGCUGUGCACGGAAUCACCAAUAUGUGGGUUAGCUGUUAUGAGAAAUACUACCUGAUGUGUGCACUUAUCCACAAUGGGAGGAAUUUAUUCAAGCCUGUUCAGUCCAAGAAAGUAGGCACAUACAAGAGCUUCUUCUACCACAUUAAAUGGGAUGAACUGAUACAUUUUCCCAUUUCUGUGGCCCUACUGCCUCUGGAGUCCAUGUUGAGCCUCGCGCUGUAUGGGAUACCAAACCAGAAUGUCAGCAGCUCACCUGACUCUAACAAGCAGCGCAAAGGACCUGAGCUGCUCGGCAAAGUGGCGAUGCCUCUUUUCGAUUUUAAACGGGUACUGGCCCAUGGGACCAAACUACUGAGCCUGUGGACAUCCUCUCCAGUCAUGUCCAACAGCACUGCAGGCCGGAGAAGAAAUCCAAUGGAGAGAAUCAUCCUGCAGGUGGACUUUCCCAGCCCAGCAGUAGAUGUCCUCUAUGUGGGGCCUCAGACUGCCAGCUGCCCCGACCCCCAGAGCCUGGAGGCUCUUGAUCCCGACCUGAAUCGGCGCGUUGAGAAGCUGUGCAGUCGUCCCUCCAUGUUUGGGUUGACCCGUGCUGAUCGACAGCUGCUGUGGGACAAGCGACACCACUGCCGCAUGUACAAGCAGAGUUUGCCCAAAGUGCUGGCCAGUGCCCCCAGCUGGGACUGGGGCAGCAUGGCGGAGAUCCAUGGCCUCCUGCAUCACUGGCUGCCCCUGUCUCCUGUCUCAGCCCUUGAGCUGCUGGAUGCCAAAUUUGCAGACACAGAGGUGCGAAGCGUGGCCGUCAGCUGGAUAGAAGGCAGUAGUGAUGAUGAGCUCUUAGACUACCUGCCUCAACUGGUGCAGGCCUUGAAGUUUGAGUGCCACCUGAAGAAUGCCUUAGUGAUGUUCUUGUUUUCUCGAGCACUGGAAAACAUCAAUAUUGCCCAUUACCUUUAUUGGCUGCUGCGAGACGCAGUGCAGGAUCCAUGCUUUGGUGCACGCUAUGAAAAUGUGCUUGGGGCACUGCUCUGCCUCUGCGGUGCAAAACUGAGGUCAGAAUUGGACAAGCAAGCACAUCUAACUCAGUUGCUUGGGACCUUGGCUGAAAAGGUGCGCCAGGCCAACGGCUCCACCCGACAGGCUGUUCUCCAGGAAGGCUUAGGAGUCGUGCAGUCCUUCUUCCAGAAAAGCAGUUGUCGGCUUCCUCUCAGUCCUAGUCUCGUGGCCAAAGGACUGAACGUGAAGGCCUGCUCCUUCUUUAACUCCAAUGCUGUGCCCUUGAAGCUUGCCUUGGUCAAUGCCGACCCUCUAGGAGAGGAGAUCAAUGUAAUGUUUAAGGUGGGGGAGGACCUGCGACAGGAUAUGCUGGCUCUGCAGAUGAUUCGUAUCAUGGAUCGGAUCUGGCUGCAGGAGGGCCUCGACUUGCGCAUUGUCAACUUCAAGUGUAUCUCAACUGGCAAAGAUAAAGGCAUGGUGGAGCUGGUGCCAGCUUCUGACACACUGCGUAAGAUCCAGGUGGAGUAUGGUGUGACGGGAUCCUUCAAAGACAAGCCCCUGGCAGAGUGGCUGCGCAAGUAUAACCCAGCAGAGGAAGAGUAUGAGAAGGCUUCAGAGAACUUCAUCUACUCGUGUGCGGGCUGCUGUGUGGCCACCUAUGUGCUGGGCAUCUGUGACCGACACAAUGACAACAUCAUGCUGCGCUCCACUGGCCACAUGUUCCACAUCGACUUUGGCAAAUUCCUGGGGCAUGCACAGAUGUUUGGAAGCUUUAAAAGGGAUCGGGCACCUUUUGUGCUUACCUCAGACAUGGCUUAUGUCAUUAAUGGUGGGGAGAGACCAACUAGCCGCUUCCAGCUCUUUGUGGACUUGUGCUGUCAGGCCUACAACUUGAUCCGAAAACACGCUAGUCUCUUCCUCAACCUCCUGUCCUUGAUGAUGUCAUCAGGCCUGCCAGAGCUCACUGGACCUCAGGAUCUCAAAUAUGUGUACGAUGCUCUGCAGCCUGAAACCACUGAUGCAGAAGCCACUAUUUUUUUCACCAGGCUAAUAGAGUCUAGCCUGGGCAGCGUGGCCACCAAGUUUAAUUUCUUCAUCCACAACCUGGCUCAGCUGCGUUUCUCAGGCCUGCCCUCCAAUGAUGAACCCAUCCUGUCCUUCUCCCCCAAGACCUACACCAUGAAGCAGGAUGGCCGUAUUCGCGAUGCCUCCAUCUUCACUUUCCAGAAAAGAUACAACCCUGAGAAACACUAUACGUAUGUGGUGAGAGUCCUGAGGGAAGGCCAAAGUGAACCCCAGUUUGUGUUCCGCACCUUUGACGAGUUCCAAGAACUUCACAACAAACUCACCAUCCUCUUCCCACUGUGGAAACUACCAAACUUCCCCAACAAGAUGGUCCUGGGCCGGACACAUAUUAAAGAGGUGGCAGCCAAGAGGAAGGUGGAGUUGAAUAAUUAUGUACACAACCUAAUGAGAAGCUCCACUGAAGUGACCCAGUGUGACCUGGUCUAUACGUUCUUCCAUCCCAAUGCGCGAGAUGACAAAACUGAAGGGUUUGACAGUAUGGCUAAAGCUCAUGAGGUGACACCAAUGAGCCCCAUAUCGGGGAGGGUAGAAGGAGAAGUGAAAUUGUCAGUGUCUUACAGGAACGGCAAUCUUUUCAUCAUGGUGAUGCACAUUAAAGACCUGGUGUGGGAGGAUGGUUCAGACCCUAAUCCCUAUGUGAAAACAUAUUUGCUCCCUGAUCCACACAAAACCUCCAAGCGCAAAACAAAAAUCUCCAGGAAGACCAGGAACCCCACAUUCAAUGAAAUGCUGGUGUACAGCAACUACAGCAAGGAGAGCCUGAGCCAGAGAGAGCUGCAGCUGAGUGUCCUGAGUGCAGAGUCCCUCCGUGAGAACUGCUACCUGGGUGGGGUCACACUGAGCCUGAAGGACUUUGACCUGAGCAAAGAGACUGUCAAGUGGUACAAGCUCACUGCUGUGCCCUACUUCUAGGUGCCCUGUGACAAGAGUGGGGAGAGGGAUCCUGCAGACUCUCUCAAACUCACUACAUCCUUGACUUUUUUUCACCUUUUUCUGACACUAAUCAAAGUUCUUACCUCUUUUUAAGCACUUGGUUCUUUUUUUCUCCUUCCUAAAAUAUAACAGGUGGCUGUUUUUCAUGUUUUCUUAAAUUUGACAUUAAAGGACCAAAACAGGUAACUUUGAAAGAGUGUACAUAUAUAAAUAUAUAUAAAUGAAGACAUUUUAUUUUUAAAACAAGUCAUUUUUACACGAUUUUUCUACCAUAACUGUAUAGGAAGUAGAGAUUCCUUGUGAAGCCAGGCUGGUUGAGGCCUGACACUGCAGGAAGUGAGGUUAUGUGUAAUACAUUAUGUGCCAAAAGAAUGGGGAACGUUGCCGACCACUUCCCUUUUGGGACAAAAGAGGCUGCAUUGUUUGGACUUGUUUAUUUUGCAUUUAAAAACUCCAGUUUGCUUCACUGAGCACAGCUUGUUUAUAUUCCGAUUAAAAUCUUGUCCCGUGAAAUGCUGUCCCUGGUCCUGCUGGACAGCUGUCCAGAGCAUGAGCAGACAUGCAAACAUACAUAAUUCCCUGUUUUAUCUCAUGCCUUUUGACACUUUGCUCACUUCACAUUGGAUUUUUAGAUUAUCAAUAACCUGCUCUCAUUCUUCUUGCAUUUUAACUAAAGGCUAACAGUGUACAGAGAUCUGAAGUGGAACAGUUAAUGUAUCAAGAAGGGGACUUUUGUGUUUACUUGGAUGUAUUUUUUUUUUUAGCAUAUCAAACAAGUUUGUAAGAUCACUUGCAACAGAAGUAAACGAUUCGUACUUUUAACUGUAAAAAUAUGCUGAUCCUAUAUAAAUAUGGCCAGUUAUUUAUUUGAUUGGUUAUCUUAACGUGAAAGAAUCUGUACUGUAGGCUUUAUUUCCUAAAAUGAAUUUAAUGUUUUUGAACAAGGUUUGUAUAAAAACUGAAUUUAUUUCCAUACUGAAGGUCAGUAUGAAGUAUACAUUCUGGUAGCUUGCCUUAUUCCAUUAAGCCUGGGGAAAGAGUAUUUUCUUGAAACCAAAUAAAUAUACUUAUUUACUUCCAAAACUUUCAUGUUGUUUGAAAUACAGCAUCAGGAAAGUUCCAGUCCUGAGAGCACUUAAAUUUGACAAAUUCAAAUAGCAGUGAGUGGCCUGAAGGUGUUUUUUUUGAGCCGCAGCAAUUUGCUUCAUUUGAAGUACAUGACAAACAUCAGUUCCCAGAUUAAACUAUUUCAUCAUUUGUCAUAUUAGUAAAUAUUUUACAUAUUCCUAUUUUAGAUCUUAAUUUCUAUUUAACAUAACUGAUGUCUAUGAAAUGUUGACAACGCCGUGAAAAUUUGCAUAUUUUAUUAGGACAGUGGAUGGAUUUUAAAGGCGUUCAAUGAAACCUCAGUGUGUCUUUGGAUGUAGUCCUCUGUACAAAUUAUAAGAUUUCGAAACGGCUCUAUUUGCAGUCAGAUACUUGGACGUAACGGGUAAAAUAAACCUAGUCCGUUUUAACGUCACAGUGAGUAAAUCCCACAACUUCUAGACGCUUCCGUACUCGGAAGGCGCCGUUCACGAGCCCGUCGCUGAGCCCCAUCUAGUGGCGUCACGCUGCUGUGUGGAGAAGCAAGUUUGUACGUUGUUCAGAGUCUGUACAACGUUCUGUACAUUGAAACCCCCAAUUCAACACAAACGCACAGUUUCCUUGGGUGUGCAUGUUACGGAAAUGUAUUUCUGGAAAUUUGGGCCUGUGUAUAAUUUAUACAUUUCACAUGAUGAUGUGCUUGCCUUGUUCUUACGGGUGCCCAUAAGCGAUCCCGCAAAAAUGUCCUUACCACAUCCAUACCACACACGUAAUCAAGUGUACUACAGUGUUAGUGGCUUAACUUUUUAAUUUAUAGAAAUUUGAUAGAGAACACCACAACAAAAAAGAAACCAGGAGAAAAAAUUCCCCCGUUAUGAG